AUGACGAAAAAGUCUUACCGCCUGCCCCCUUUGUCCACUAACGUCAAUAAGUGCACCCAUGGCGCGGACCCACCGAUAGCCAACACUGUGGAGGUACUCAUAAAGUCGGAUGAGACUGCUUCGGUGUCGUCGGCACCGUCGAAUGCCGCGGACACUGCCGCCCCUGAUGUCGUGGUGAUCACCCAGGAACCCGAACCGCCGGUGGCAACGGUUGAUAGUCGAAAGACGGAUGUGGCGGAGUCUGAGGAAUGCAAAGCCAGCGGAGCCGUGUCACUCGGGACUGGCGUAGUCACAUCUGAACGUGACUGGCACGAUUCCUUGUGUGACUGCGGAAAGGAUCCGAAACACUGUAAGUCAGAGGGUCCUCCGGUCUUGAACUAUUAUCAGUCUACGUGCGUUUCAUCGCUCGAUUUAGUAAGUCAGAAGGGUCAUCAAAUAAGUGCGGUGGAAUUUUAAUAUAAAACACAGAGGGGACAUUACUGGGCUUUUCUGUCCCAAAUCGGGCUCUGAGAAUAUCUGUGAAUUACCUAGGCGAGUGAAUUUGCGACAAGAAAUUGUAGGCGUUAUCGGGAGUUUUCAGUUGGUCGAGGGAGAACCCGAUUAUCCAUAGAGCGGCGCACGGCAUUCAGACUAGUAAGUCUGGACAGCAGCUUCCCACCCAGUGACAAAAGUCGUCCUCGUCGAGAGUCAUAGGAAACAGUAAUCAAUGCAUUAAAUACAUAGGUAAUAAUAAGAAACAGUUACGUAAGUUGUACCUCCUUUACAGCUCGUGAAUGUUUUCUUGUGAACAUGCAAAUGAGGUGAAGUGAGAAAUGACUGUUUCUGUGAUUGAAGUGCAUCCACUAACCAGUUUGUUGGACAUGCUCGGAACAAGGGUUAUUACAAACAAAUCUGGGACUGCAUAUGGCUGUCUGAUGACGUAUAGUAAGCUAGAAACGCUCGAUUCCUUUUUCUUCAUCCUCUCAGGUAGUCCUCCCUGCAUAAAUAUUUUUGCCGCCUGGAUACAGACUCAAAACGCUUUCAUUAGUGGAUGUUAUUUGGAGGUACUUCAGCAAAACUUAUAAAGGACAAGGCCCAGUUCUGCCCACUUUAGCCCAAUCUCUCCCAUUGUCCAAGCCAGCGCACAAGGGUAAGAAAAAACCUAGGCAACUUUUCAGUCAACUACACCCUCAGUCAGUUUGUUGGUCACUGAUAGCUCUGGAUCAACUGUCGCCAUCAGUAGCCAUUCCCAUGUCCUAUUCCGCGGUUGAUUUUGAGCGGCAUCUGAGUGGAAUCGUGGUCCAAGACUCGACCGCCGAGUCAGUAACCCAUAGCCUUUUGAGCGCGAUCGUUUUUGCUAUACGUUUAUUUACUGAUAAUUUCCCGAAACCCUCAAUUAAUAGUGCACGGCAUUUACUUAGGCGAAAGUAGUAUUACAUUGCUCAGUAAAAGCACUUUGCUGGUGAAAAUCAAAAAUGCGGAAGCUCGAAUACUCGUGUCAGAUGAGUGAACAUAACUUGUAGUGACACAUAAGACCUGCCAAUGUAACCGACGGAGUAAAUAAAACGGUAUGCGCAAAACGACGGUUUAAAACAUUUCGUGAUCAUUUUCAGUGCAAAUAUCUUCCAAUAAUUACAGUACUUUGUAGUAUGACAUCUAGCUCACUGCCUGUUGCUUCAAAACGAUGUCACGGGAAAUCGAUGUGAUCUUUCCGUUUCAUCAUUUAACAGAUGUCAUUGACUGUAAAGAAUAGGAACUUGAGUAGACGUCACAAGUCUUGAAUUAUUUUAGCUGAAUUCAAACUUUCGGAAGUGACUUGUUUGAUUUUCGUUAGGUAACAUGUCAACAGAUUGGUCGGUGAAUAAGAAAGUGGAGUAAAUUUAGCAAAUACUUAUCCUGUAUUCAUAAGGAUUUUACUCUCGUAAAGUGACCUAGUACCUAAGCCGCCUUCCAAACACGUUGCAGUUUCCAAUAGCCCCAGUGGAUUACCCAACAAAGUCAUUUGGUAGUUAGUUUUUUUUUCGAAACUUCUAUAACGCACCUACACAUUUAGUGAGUUCCAGACUGUCUGUUUUCUACACCUCACGAUUCAACUAACUACCCAGGCUAACACUGCUUUAAAACUGCGGUAAAUUUUAUUAUAUGACAAGAACAUUUGUGAUAUCAUUCGGUGCAAAUUAACUUCAGCGGAUCUCCAGAUAACUGUGCUGAGGGAGAGCCUUCAUCUGAUGUAUCUCUUAAAGACUCCGCAAGAAUAAGAGUUUCCGUAACAUCACAUAUCGGGAGGCCAGUCAGUGAAUGAGAAAUUGGAGCAUUCUCAGCAGACGCAAUCACAAGCGUGUGCGUGUGUGUUCUGAGGGCGACGGAGUUCGCUGAGUGAAUACUCUGCGGUUUUCAGUGUUCUCAGCCAACGACCCAAAUGAUGGGUGGUGUAGUUUGUAUUUAACAAAAUCUCCAAAAAUGAUUCAGUUCUUGAAAGCAUCCACCUGAGGAGAUUAAUGUCCUCUACUAGAGAUACACAAAUAUGCAGCUAUAGUCGUGAUCAAUUAUUAACCUAGGAGAUUAACUGAACACAAGUUAAGGUUGAGUUUUGCUCAAAAGUGUAAAAUUUAUCGUUUAUAAAGUAUCUAGGAACUAUAUUCUGUCCGACAAACGCGUAGGCAAGGUGUCCGAACAGAUCAUACGGAUUCCGGUCAUCACCUAUCGUGACUUGCCUCCCCUAUCCUAUGCGAGUUUUGGUACGUCUACCUCGUGAAGUAUUCACAGGAAAUCUGAAAUGUGUUUUGGACUGGAAAUGACUACUUAGAUGGGAUUGUAAAUACUGAUUAUUAUGAAAUAUAUUCCCAAGAUAUUUCGUUCAUGCAAAAAUGGAUGUUUUUGCAUGAGCUUCUUCCCCGCCGCCUGCCACAACUGCACUCGAUAUAAGAAUGACUACCCAAACAGUUUAAAUUUUACCAUCUGUUUUCGAUGUUCUUAAAAACUCAAAUAUAUUUCAUAAAAAAUGCUUAACGAUAUUCUUCUAUGUACUCAAUUUAUAGAAAACUAUGUCUUUGCCAAUUUUUUACAUAAGGAGAAGGUAUUUAAAAGUUUUAGAUCACAUUUUCAAUUCGUGAAUAAUUUGGAACCCGACCUACAGUUGCACUUUUGUUUAGAGUUGCAAAAAAUGUCUUGCAUACUUGCCACCUAAGGUAAAUCACACACUUAUCCAUGCUCAUGAGAUUUUACACUUGAUAGACAACACGUUACAUUCUUCAAAAACAGCAUCGAUAUGAACAGAGACGAUGUUAUGUGGAUGGGCAUUUGACAUUCAUAAAAGUCCCAUAGUCGGAAGCCUUUUUCAAAACCUAGAAGUUACAAUUUAUUCCAAUACAGAAUUUUACGAAGAUAAAAUUUGGCACUAAAUGAGUGCAAAAAGAUUAUUUGAAUUAAUUAGGGUUUCCAAAAUCAUCGGGAAAAAUUCGUACAAUUUAAGUACUCAAUUUUUGCCCGGUCUUGUUUUUCGUAGACGGUUGGAGAUAAAUUUAUCCAGAAGCCUUCAUUUUGUCAUGACCGUAACAUCUUGGGAUUAUGCCUCACGAUAAUAGUUACAACCCCAUCUAAGUAGUCCCUUCUAGUCCGAAACAAAAUUUCAGAAUUUCGGUAAAUAUUUCAUGAGGUAGACCAACUGCUGUAAUCCAAUCCGUAAUUCACAGGCAGUGUUGGAGUUUAAGCCAACUGCCAUUCCCUGAAAUGUAGUCGGGUUCUGACAGGCCAAGAACGGCUAAUUUUCCGCGCAGGUUAUGGAGCAUCUUGUGAAGUACUCCCACGGUAUACAACAUUUCAGGUAGGAAACGAAGCCCCGAUUUCUGCGACCGGAAAUUCAGUCCACGCGCAGAGUACCAAAUAAAAUUUACAGGCUAACUAGUCAGAGGGUUAAGUUCGUCACGUUGACGAUUAUCGACAAUAGCAGAUGCUUCAAAAACGGUGUUCACCAUGAGUAAGACCAACCGUCAGAGGGGAAUGGGGUGCUUAAUUAGUCGAAAGAACACUUUACAUGCUUAUACGAAACGAAUGCCUUCCCUCGAGUGUAUGGUGGAUGUUUUGAACAAAGUCCUCAGAUAGCCUUUUGGUGAGACAGUUUGAAACCGUGGCGGACUCUUUAUUGAUAAGGCCCAACUUUCGAGCAAAGUGUGCACCUCCAGCGAAUUCAAAAAGUCAGUGUUUACCAUGAGAAGAAAUUAGUCAAUACAGGGAUGCGUAGAAUGAAGGAGGUGCUUGUGAAGCAAUAAAUCCAUAUCGAAGGCACUGGUUGACCGUCAUGCUCAUCAAUCCUUCCGCCGUUUUUUCUCGCAUGAUCUCCAGUAUUCCCUCCAGCCCUGUAGUUCAGAGAUCUUCCGCAAAAACUCAUAAAAAUCCAUUAUAAUUCUCAAAUAUUCCGGCGAAUUUCAACUGUCACUUUUAUAGUUUUGAAGUACAGAUAAGACGAAGACAGACUCGGGACGACCCCAAAUGUACGAUGUUGCACAGUCGAUAACGCAUCCCAUGAAACGUUUGACGGUCGGAAAGGAUUUUCUAGGCGUUGUCGUUUAUAAGGAUUAUCGUGCAGCCCACUCCAAAGAUAUUUCCGACAUUCAAAGAGGUGGGCCAUUGGAAAAAGCCUUCCUGGCUGCCUGCUAAAAUCAUGAGCUAAGAAGUUACUGCUAGAGUAUUAUUGAGUCUUCUUAUUAAUGUCGGCUUUUGAAUGCAUUUCUUUCUGACUUUCCGCAGAAACCCUACUUGGUAAAAAAAUGACUACUUAUGCAACAUGCAAUUUUCACACUAGCUGUCGAUGGUUUUGCAAAUUCAAACACAUGUUCUAGGAAGCAUGUGCAAAGCUAUACUUUCUUUAACUUGUUUGAUAGGAAAUCACAUUGUCUUCACAGUUUAUAUCCGAAAAAGUGCAUAUUAAGGUUUUUAAUAAGUUUCAUAAUUUCCGAAUAAUUUUGGAUGUGAUCAGCCGUUGCAUCAGUGUUUCGCGACUUCAGUGCACCAGCUGCAUAUUUUCAGCGUAGGGAAAAUCGUAUGUUCCUCUGUGCCUUUAAGAAAGUACUCUGUAGAGUUCAUAAAAUUUUGUAAUGAAUACGGGCUGUGUUGUACAUUUCACGCGGAAUUUUGGUAAACAGACACCUGUGAUGCCGUAUACAUGGACAUCGCACAGCCUUAGAAACCGCCUAAUCAGAAACAUUGUUAAAGCAGAAGGACAAGCAUCCUUAAAGUAUAAAAUAUCAAGACAACAUGGGUUUCUACCGAACAGGCAACAGAAAGCAUAUUUUUGUGCAUGAUUUCUAAAACAUGUAUUUGAAUUUACAAAACCAUCGAAAAUUAAUGUGAAAAUUGCAUGCUGCAUAAGUAGUCAUUUUUUUUUACUAAGUAGGGUUUCUGCGGAAGGUCAGAAAGAAAUGCACUCAAAAGCUGACAUCCUGGAGAGUCGGAAAUAUUAUAAGAUUAUGCUACAUGAUAAUUAAUAUUACAAUGCCACGUUAUUAAUCAUUUCUAGUCGAAAACGCAGUUCAGAAUUUCGGCCAACAUGUCAUGAGAUCGGUCACGCACUAAAAUUUACGUAAAUGUCUCAGGGGAAGCCAGGACGCCCGGGACACUCCCACAUAGCAUGGGUAAGCAUGAAAAAUGGUGCGACAGGUUUCGAAGACAACUGGUAAUCGAAGACCGAGUUGAAGCACCCAGCGACCGAAAAACAACGCCACCGGCGGAUAACCCCUCCAGUGCCCUCCUUGCCAAUGCGCAUUCAGGUUUCACACCUCUUUUUAUGGGCUCCUACGGGAUUCACUACACCAGCGGCAAUAUAUACUGAGAGCAGUAACUGCACGGAAACGGUUGCGUGAAGGAGAACUCACAACACUCCAGCGAAUUCAAGGAGUCAGUGCUUACCAUGAGAAGAAGUUUGUCGAUUCAGGGGUGCGUAAGAUGAAGCAGGUGCUUUUGAAACAAUAAAUCUGUAUCGAGGACACAGGUUGACCGUCAUGCUCAUCGAUCCUUUAGCUGUUUUUGUUCCCAUCAUCGCCAAUAUUCCCUCUAGCUCUGUAGGGCAGAAAUCUUCCGCAAAAGCUCAUAAAAAUCCAUUAUAAUUCUUAAAUAUGCCGGCGAAUUUCAACUGUUACUUUUAUAGUUUUAAAGUACAGAUAAGACAAGGACAGACUCGGGACGACCCCAAAUGUACGAUGUCGUACAGCUGAUGAAGUGUUUAAUGGUCGGAUGGCGUUUUCUAGGCGGUGUCGUUAUAAGGCUUAUCGUGCAGCCCAAUCCAAAGAUAUUUCCGGCAUACCAUGAGGUAGGCCUGCAAAAAUCAUGAGCCAAGAAUGUACUGCUAAAGUAUUAUUGAUUUUUCUUAUUGAAUUUGUAUGCCAUUAAAUAUAUAGGAAAGAACGCGAAAAAAUCCACCCUUUUAUUGAUUUUACAGCUAAUUACGCCUUCUUCAAACAGUUUCCCAGGAAACCUGCAAUUUUUGGUGCUCAAAAUGUUUUUUUUUAAAUUCUAAUAAUUUUGACCUCGACCUGCUGCUGUGCUAACGUUUAAGGUUUGCAAACCAUAGGCUGUACACUUUCCAUUUUGAAAAAUUAUGGUUCCUCGAUAUUAUGACAAACGUACCAUGCAAGGUUCACAGGUGUUUAUGGGUAUGGACUACGUUGUACUCAUCAAAGGCUGCACAACUAAACGGACAGGCAAGAUGUCCAUUCAAUAAAAAAGGUGCUCAAUGUAAGUAACCGUCUUCGCUGGUACGAUUUUCGAAAGCUGCCGAAGAGACGCGCAUUGGAAAUUUGGCACAUCUGAGUAACGAAACUAUUUAAUGAUUAAAAGAUAAGCAUUUUGGACAGAUUUUCUCGAAAGGUGUAGUCCUGCGGGGCUUUGAAAGCUGAGGCAAAUGCAGUGACUAUUCCUCCCGGAAAUAUACAAACCCAAGCCCCAAGUGACACGUGAGUUUCGCAUCGGAGUCAGCCGGUCAUUUACAGUUUUUGAGUGAAACACUCUCCGCUUCACUUAAGGGUCUACGUCCGAUUGGUUGAGGUCAGCGGGCCUCAAGGUCAUGUGACGGCGGGCUUCUCCAGUCCGCCCUAACGGCAGGCAUGAAAAAUGGUGCGGCAGGUUUCGAAGACAACUGGCAAUCGAAGACCAAGGUGAAGCACGCAGCGCCCGGAAAACAACGUUACCGGCGUGAAACCCCUCCAGUGCCCUCCUUGCCAAUGCGCAUUCAGGUUUCACAUCUCUUUUUAUGAGCUCCUACGGAAUUCCCUACACCAGCGGCAAUAUAUACUGAGAGCAGUAACUGCACGGAAACGGUUGCGUGAAGGAGAACUCACAACACUCAAUUACUAGAAUCUGCUUAGUCACAGUUCACAACGGGAGCGUCAGGCCGGCUUGCGACAUUUGGACCCUCAGUGUGGGGACACAGUGGGUGGUGCGUUCGAAGUCUGAUUGCCCGCAUUCUGUCCCCAACUGGAACCCCAGUCCUUUCGUCCUCUACUUCAUCUGCAUUCCCGGGUCCAUGCGAGUUGUUUGAUUGCCGGCCAGGCUCUAUUAGCUCUGCUGCAACAAUGUAACCCCUGCACUGGAGACCCCAAAUACUGGGAAAACAUGUGAAUGCCGCAACACAUCUGGCGGCGGAGACGUGAGAGGCCAGGUUGAGAUAUCAUUGGCAGGAAAUUUGUCUCAGCAAUUAAAAGAAAGAUAGGGAUUUUGUAACUCAGGAGCUUCCCCCUUUCUGUUGUAGUUCCUCCGUCUUAGUUCCCGUUCCCUCCUCUGUUCAAUUGUAGGCGUCCUGACAACGCUAUUUCCUUGUUGUAUGGUCUGCGCAGAGUACCAACGUCAUGGGGAGUGCUGCGGUACACCUCUCUGCUUCCUCCUGAGUCUUCUGCCUCUGACAGUGCAGUACCGGGCCAAACAGAACAUCCGAGUGAGUAA